AUGAACAAGGCCUUUGUGGUGGUUGCGUGCCCAGAGCCCUCCUUCAGACAGACAGUCCCGGCACAGGCAGGCAGGCGCAGGAGAAAGAAGGCUCUCAUGCACCAGACGGACAGACGACAUGUGAGCCUGCCCCCGAUGUUGCGAUCACGUUACACCACUGGAGUGGUCAGCGGUGAGAGGACGUUUUUAUUGUGUCCUGGAGCGGCACCAGUCAUGGAGGGAUGCCAUCUUCUUGUCUUUACUGUCACCAUACUGUUUAAUUUCUCUUCAUGUGCGGACAACACUGCACUUGACAGCCUUUUCUGCCAGUAA